AUGGCUACUCGGAUCUCUACCCUAGAGCUGUUGAGUCUUGACUCGACAGCACUACAGAGAAAGCUCGAUGCUGGUCGUCUUACCAGCGUAGAGUUGGUCCAAGCAUGUCUUGCGCAAAUCGACAAACAUGACCAGCGAGGUGCGACUCUGAAUGCCAUGAUUUCUCUCGUCCCCAACCACCUUGUAUUGGAGCGCUCAGCCCAGCUUGACCUUGAGCGAGCCGCAGGCCGAGUCAGGAGCCCAUUUCACGGGAUACCCAUAUUGGUCAAGGAUGCAAUCUCGACCGGCCCUUCUCUCGGUGUUGCAACGACUCUGGAAAGCCUGGUCCUGAAAGAUUCGAUUGCACCCAAACAUGCCGCUAUGAUUACCAAGCUUGAGGAAAUGGGUGCCACCGUGUUGGGCAAGACAAAUUUGAAUGAGUUUUGUAAUUUCAAAGGCGAUGCAAACUCCAACGGGUGGUCAGCACUGGGGGGCCAAACGCAGUCUGCUUAUCUCGCUCGCAAAUCAAACGAAACCGGACUUGGACAGACUGAUCCAUGCGGUUCCUCAAGUGGCUCUGCAGUGGGUGUAUCAGCAGGUUAUGCCCCAAUAUCUCUCGGCACAGAAUAUAUUGGAUCAAUUGUCAUGACAGGCGCAAGAGCUGGCCUCUAUGCCUUCAAGCCCGCUCUCAAUGCCGUCACCAUGGACGGCGUUUUCAGAAGCUCGGUCGAGCUGGACGUCGUGGGCGGUCUGGCUAGGUCAACAGCGGAUCUAGCCCUUCUCAGCCAGACAGCUCUGACAGAGGAGCAGAGGAAUCUCUUGCCAGAGGAAGGCUAUCUGAAAUAUCUAACCAAGACAUUUGAUUCGCUUCGGAUAGGCUUUCUGGAUCCUAUCAGAUGGUCUCUUCAUCCAGAUAUUAACAAGCUUUACUUCGAUGCCAUCGAACGAGUGAAGAGCAAUGCAGCAGGAGCGCACAUUGCUUUUCCGGUUGAUAUAACACCAGCUACGGACCUGUGGUAUGAAGGCAAGAAUCCGAUUGAACUCGUCAUGUCAUACGAGGGCAAAGAAGCAGUCGAAGACUGGCUUUCUGAAGUCAAUUCUCCAGGGUUGAAAACAAUUGAAGAUCUAAUUAAAUUUAAUUUGGACCACCACGAAAAGGAACUACCAGAGGACCAUCCUGAUCAAAACCAGCUAGUGAAAGCCUCACGAGAUCCUCCGACCCAAGCGACUUAUGACGCCGUAAAAGGUCGAAUGAAGAACAUAUCGAAAGACAAUGGCAUCGACAAGCUGUUUCGAGAACAGAACUUGAACAUACUUGCCUUUCCAAUGGACAGCCUUAUGGUUUUCAUCUCAGCAGCAUCGGGCUACCCAAUCGCGAGCAUGCCUGUCGGAAUUAUUCAAGCGGAUGGAAGGCCAUACGGACUGGGGAUAAUGGCUCAGGCUGGUAGAGAGGACUUGAUUUUUCAGUUCAUGAGUGCUUUCGAAGCCCACUUCCCACCACGUGCAUUGCCAUCUCGUGUCCAAGACGAAGGUGUUCUCGGACAAUUGUGA